AAAAAAAUCCAACCAUCAAAAAUGUCCGCCCCCAACUCCGGCCGCCAAUCCCCCCCUCCUGAGACCCAGACCGGCGCGCAGCAGCAAUCGCCCCCGUCCCAGGGCCAGACCGGCCAGACCUACGAGACCCGCCCCGGCCAGGCCGCCCAGGAGCAGUCCGAGAACACUAAGUCGUCGCUGGAGAGCAACCCCAAACAUCCCUUGGAGGAUAUCGAGGCUGCCAAGUACACCAAGAGCAGCUGAAUUGGUUGAGAUCUACGUUCCGUGACGAAACAACUUCUUUUUUAAUUUAAUGAUUUGAAGCGAGAAAUGAAAUGAAGACUUCCAUCAUCUGAG